UUAAUGGACCCGUUUAUUUCUACAUCAGCGGCACGUGUCCGAAAUCCCUAAAACUAAUUUCACCCAUUCUUUCUCUCUCCCUCCCCCCGAAACACUUGUCUAUACUCUUUACCAUAAUACUUCGCUUUUUGCUCCCAUCUUCUCUGUGACCUUUUUCCCAUGUCUAAUGAACCUCUGCUUCCAACCUCCCCCGUCGCCGACGGCGGAGCAGCCGCCGCACCACAGCCCCGGUGGCGAGCUCUCUCAUCUCCCAACCCCUGCUCGACUCUCUGCCCUCUCCCUGAGCACGACGAGGUCACCGUACCGAUGUCCCCUUCUUCCCUCAAAGACCGCAUCAUCUUCGGCCCAUCCCCUGCUCCCACUGAUUCACUCUACGGAUCCCUAACACUAAUCCCGUCAGCUUCCCCUCCCUCUUCCCCUUCCCCCACGCCGCCUUCCCUUGCUAUAUCUGACGCCGCCGUUGUCAACGGCGAUGCUGAUGGCACCUCCGAUUGGCAGUGGCCCGGCGAUCCCCUCUUCUGCAAAACGGCUCGCAACUACUUCCACCGCUCCCGCACUGCGCCUGCCAUGUCCAACUUCAACAACCUCACGAAAGAACAGGGCAACCGCCACCAAUCUUCGGCCGAGGGCAGCGAAUCGCCAAUCGUUCGAAAUGCGUUCAUCCUCCUCACAGUAUACCUUGUUUUUGGGGUCCUCAUGUACUCCCUUAAUAGGUCCGAUUUCGUGGCAUCGGAGACCCAUCCUGUCGUUGACGCCCUUUACUUCUGCAUCGUGACCAUGUGCACAAUUGGCUACGGCGACAUCACACCGUCCUCAACAACCUCCAAAAUCUUCUCCAUCGCAUUCGUCCUCAUUGGUUUCGGUUUCAUUGACAUCCUCCUCUCCGCGAUGGUUUCGUACGUUCUCGACGUGCAGGAGCACCAUCUUCUCGACGCAGCGAAGCAUCGUGCUCAGGGGAGUAAGUUAGAUGCACCUUCCUACGUCAUCGAUUUGAAGAAGGGGAGGAUGAGAAUCCGGCUUAAAGUUGGAUUGGCGCUUGGCGUCGUCGUGCUCUGCAUCUGCGUCGGAGGGGCGUUCCUGCGAUUCGUUGAGAAAUUGAGCUGGCUUGAUGCGUUUUACCUUUCGGUGAUGUCGGUGACCACCGUGGGGUAUGGAGAUAGGGCUUUCAAGACCAUGGAAGGACGGAUUUUUGCCUCCAUAUGGCUGCUGGUAUCUACGCUCGCGGUGGCGCGAGCGUUUCUGUAUCUGGUUGAGGCGAGGAUGGAUAAGCGGCACAGGAAGAUGGCUAAGUGGGUACUUGCGAGGAACUUGACUGUUUCAGAGUUUCUUGAGGCUGAUAUUGAUAACAAUGGCUUUGUGAG